AUGGCUGUUGAUACGACGUUUUUUUUAGUAUAUACAGUGUAAGGUAGAUAAGAUAUUGAAUUAUGUGUAUGUAUGUUCCUGUACUACAAAAAUAGUAUGUAGAGAGGUACCUGACCUUCAUAAAGCCAAUGCAUUAGCAUUACAAUUAUCAUAGAUAGAACCCAUACCAUCUCCGUAGCUGCUGUGUCUAAUAAAAUAUGUUUCACUCCACCCACAUCAUUUCUGCAUCACUAGGAAUCACAUGCAGACAUUUCCUGGGUUUUGUACGAAGCUACUCAACACAAACGAGUACUAAUGCAGCAGUUAGACCAUAUUCCCCUUUUCAAAACCUGGACAACACUGCAGAAUAUGCUUUGGCCCGGCUAGACGACCUUAUAAAUUGGGGACGAAAAGGUUCCUCGUAUCCUUUGAUGUUUGGUCUAGCCUGUUGUGCCCUUGAAAUGAUGCACGCAGCUGCGCCUAGAUAUGAUUUAGAUCGAUUUGGAUCACUAUUUCGAGCAUCACCCCGACAAACUGAUGUUAUUAUCGUUUCUGGUACUCUCACAAAUAAAAUGGCACCUGUUUUAAGAAGAGUUUAUGAUCAAAUGCCUGAACCUAAGUGGGUUAUUUCGAUGGGUAGUUGUGCAAAUGGUGGUGGUUAUUAUCACUACUCAUACUCUGUUGUCAGGGGUUGUGACAGGAUUAUCCCUGUUGACAUUUAUGUGCCAGGUUGUCCACCUACUGCAGAGGCACUCAUUUAUGGUCUUCUACAAUUACACAAAAAGAUGAAGAAGAGUAGGACUCUGCAAAUGUGGUACCGAAAGUGAAUUUAUGUUAAAAUUAUAAUGAUUGACAGUUUGAAGCUUACUGCUUCCAAUCAGUGCUUGGAUUGUUAUCUUGACGAAUUAAGCUUUCUUAAAACCGUGUAUUAUAUGUUUGAUUCGUAUCUGAAUAUACCUACAACUUUUUAUACUA